AAGGAAUAUCACAUAUAACCACUUCUGUCAAUAGUUACUGAGGAGGAAGGCAAACAACUCAAAACAAUUUGCUCGUGCUUUUUCCUUUUAAACUGAACAUUCAUUUCCUAGCCAAAUCCCAAGAAUGGCCGAGGACUGCAUUUUUCUAGAUACAGAACUCAGUGAUUUAAUUCUUUGUAAUGUUUCUACUGAUCAACAUACAAAUUUCUCUUUCUCGGGUGAGGACUUGUUUUAUUACAGAUUCCUAUAUGCAAUUCCAGCUAUUUAUGGGAUCAUCAUUUUGAUUGGGCUAAUUGGCAAUAUCACCCUGAUUAAAAUCUUUUGUACAGUAAAGUCCAUGAGAAAUGUCCCCAAUUUGUUCAUUUCCAGUCUGGCUUUUGGAGACUUGCUUCUUUUGAUCACCUGUGUUCCUGUGGAUGCCAGCAGAUAUUUGUCUCCUGAAUGGCUUUUUGGUCGAGUUGGAUGUAAACUUAUUUCUUUUAUCCAGCUUACUUCAGUGGGGGUAUCAGUCUUCACCCUCAUGGCUCUUUCUGCAGACAGGUAUAAAGCCAUAGUGAGACCAAUGGACAUCCAAGCUUCACAUGCCCUGCUGAAGAUUUGUUUGAAAGCUGCUACAAUUUGGAUUUUCUCCAUGCUGCUGGCCAUUCCAGAGGUUGUGUUUUCAGACUUGCAUCGUUUCUAUGACAAGGGCACUAAUAAAACAUUUAUUAGUUGCACACCUUACCCACUUACCAAUGAACUGCAUCCAAAAAUUCAAUCCAUGGCUUCCUUUCUCAUCUUUUACGUAAUCCCGCUGUCUGUUAUUUCAGUAUAUUAUUAUUUCAUUGCAAAAAAUCUGAUCCGGAGUGCUUACAAUCUACCAAUGGAAGGAACUAUUCAGGUUAAAAAGCAGAUGGAAUCUCGGAAACGCCUCGCCAAGACAGUGCUAGUUUUUGUCUGUAUCUUUGCUUUCUGUUGGCUCCCUAACCAUAUCAUCUACUUAUAUCGGUCAUACCAUUAUUCAGAAGUGGAUACAUCUGUCCUGCACUUUAUCACUUCUCUUUGUGCUCGAAUAUUGGCAUUUAUUAACUCUUGCAUAAACCCUUUUGCCUUGUACUUGCUCAGCAAAAGUUUUCGGAAACAAUUUAAUCACCAGUUAUCUUGUUAUAAAACCCGUCUUCUCAUUCGAUCCCAGAGUACAGCCAGAAGCACCACCCGGAUGACAUCUUUCAAGAGCACCAACCAGCAGUCCAUGAUCACCUUCAGUUUUAUUAAUGGCAACCACAACUGUCAUGAAGAAAAUGUACAGUAUGCAUGAAAUUAAUACUCACUGCCAGAGUUUACUAACUAUUGCUGCCUAUUUGUAUGUAGUCAGCAAUAAAUGUACAUACCAUAAAGAAAUGGAUCUGUGGCCAGACCAUGAAUUAGGUAGUGUGCAAGAAAAAAUAAUAAUGCAGAUUUAAAGGGCUGUCCAUACCUGCAUUUUGUUUUUAUGAUUUCCUAUUAUAACAUGCUGGUCCAUUUUCAUUCACAUGGUGUCUGAUCCUUUGUAGAUGUGAAAGGACUGCAACACAAGCCAGGAAUUCUGAGAUUUGGAAUCAAAAAAUAUUUGGUUAGAUGUUAGAUAAAGGGUGGUCUAGUAUAGUUAGUUAGUGUUAGUUAUCACCUUUAAAGCGCUCCAUGGCUUAGGACCUGGGUACCUACGAGACCGUCUUUUGCCACCAAUAGCCUCCCACCAACCAGUUCGUUCUCACAGGGAGGGACUACUCAAGGUACCGUCAGUCAAAUUAUGUCGACUGGCGAAUCCCAGGGGGAGGGCCUUCUCUGUGGGGGCUCCAACCCUUUGGAAUGAACUGCCCCCGGAGAUACGGAAUAUCCCUGAUCUCCGUGCUUUCUGCCGUGCCCUCAAGACCCUGAUGUUCCAACAGGCGGGGCUAAACAUACGAACAUGUAAAUGAUUUUUUAAAUGUUAUCUAAUUCUGGGUUUAAUUGACCAAACUAAGUAAUAAUUUUAAUUAGCAAUUUUAUGAUGUUUGUGUGUCUAUAUUUUUCUUGACUGUACACCGCCUUGAGUCCUACGGGAGAAAGGCGGUAUAGAAAUAUAAUAAAUAAAUAAAUAAAUA